AUGGAAGAAACAACCUAUAACUUAAUAAACAAUUACCUUAAUGAUCCCGAUAAUAUGGCGACAUUAUCGCUCGAACAACAAAAUUACGUAAAUAAAUACGCAAAAAAAUAUUUAAAAAUCAACGAUAAUCUAUAUCGACAGAAACAAAACACCAAGCCCAAACGG